AUGAUCCCUCAAGAAAAACGCGAAAAGAGCUACUGGUUUGGGCUUGACUUUUUUCGUUCACUGAAGACACUAUUCCCACUAUUGUAUCCGGGACUGGAAUGGGCUCUGAUUUUUACUCUAUUGACAGGAGCAGCCGCUGGAGGGUAUGAAAAAGUCAACUAUGACACGGGAAUGAUGAUCGGAAAGUUCUACUUGUAUUUGUCGAUGAAAGAUGAGCACGGAUUUUGGCAUACUUUCUGGAAAGCCACUUGGUGGUAUUUGGCUCAAUGUGCGUUAACCGCUUUGGUGAGUCUCUUUUCAUCAGCUCUCUACUUGUCUUUUCGUCGAAACAUCACGCGAAUCUUGCACAAUCGAUACUUUUCCAACAAUGUCUGCUUUCAAUUGAACACCGUUGAUAAUGAAGGAAUCGAUAAUCCGGAUCAAAGAGUCUCACAAGAUGUGGAAAAAUUCUGUAACUUGUUGGCGGUGAAAGUUUUUCCGAAUUUUCUUGUAGCACCGUUCGUUGUUGGGUAUUACACUUGGAGAACGUGGCACACAUCUGGUGGAGUUGGAGUUGGGGUUAUUUAUGGAUACUUUUUGAUCAGCUCUAUCGUCAACCUCGUCAUCAUUCAACCGUUGACGAAAUGGGCCGGGAAAGUCGAGAAAGCUGAGGGUUGCUUUAGAUAUAAACAUGUCUCCGUUCGGGACAACGCUGAAGGAAGCGCUUUCUACAAGGCCGACUUCUUUGAACUCCGAGAAUGCAAUCGCAUCUUCAACAUUCUACUCAGAAAUCAAGCCUUCUUCAUCUCAUUCCGUGCGCCAGUCAUGUUUUCCCAAAACUUUUUCGCCUAUUUUGGUGGCGUUUUAACGUAUGCCAUUCAAGUGAUUCCGAUUUUUUGGAUGCAUUCCUAUGAUGACCUAGAUGUCAGCAAAUUUGCUGAGAAACUGAGCAAUAAUUCCUUUGUUUUCAUGUAUCUAAUCAAUAGCUUCACAAAGUUGACUGACUUGGCGAGCAGUGUUGGAGAGAUGGCUGUUUAUUCGCAAAGGAUUGCUGACUUGGUCGAUUUCACCAAAGAUGCAGUUUUGGCUAAACUUUGGCAUAAAAAUUCAGGAAAGAUUCAACUCCCGGAAAGAAAUGGUUAUAUAAUGUUUUUACCACAAAGACCUUAUUUGCCGAGUGGAAAUGUCUCACUUCGACAGCAGUUACUGUUCCCGAAUCUUGGCGAUAAACGAGUUGCCUCAAUCGUCGAAGAUUCCAAAUUGCAAGCAGUUCUCGCGUCACUUUCCUUGUCGCAUUUGAUCUCAAUGGCUGGUGGUUUUGAUGGAGAGGUGGAAUUUGAAUGGUCCGAGCGGCUAACACCCGGCGAGGCUCAACGAUUAUCGAUCUGCCGAGUUCUCAUCUCACAACCAUCACUGGUUUUCCUCGAUGAGGCCACCAAUAGUUUACCGGUGGCAAUGGAAAAAACGGUUUAUGAAUUGUUGAAAGAGGCAAAAAUCUCCUACAUCUCCACAGGACAUCAACUUACAUUGAGAGCCUAUCAUGACAUGAUUCUCAAUAUUGACGGCACCAAUGAGCACUCAUUAUAUAAAAAUGAACAGAAUCAUCUU